UAAUCAUUUUUUUUUUAAAGCAGUGGUUUUGUUUUGUAGUGUGCACAUACAUAGAUGAUCAUCACCACACAUUAUUUCAUCAAGACUUCCCUUGUGGACAACCAAAUUACCACAAACAUUUAUUUUUUGCUCUCUGCUAUUCAUAGACGGUUUCUGUGUUUAUCUGGAAAAGGGAGACCUAAUCGCCAUUAUUGUCAAGACACCCUGUUUAAAACUUGUGAACUGUACACUCUCUGGCUAAGGGGAUUUUUAUAUUUAAAGAAAUAAAAUACAAUUGACCUUAUUUAUGGCUGAUUUUGGACAUUAGCCAUAAUUAAGCUCUUUCUGUUGAGGCUUGUGCCUUGUUUAUAAUAACUGUCUGAAUAAUGUAUUUCCAAGUAGGCUAAAACUUUUACAUUCACCUGCCACUUGAGAUAUUUGCAUUAACAGGUGUACCUAAUAAACAGCCAAUGUCUUGGCAGCAUAAUGUAGAUGUAGUGAAGACGAACCAAGCUUUAGAAUGGGGAAGAAGGGUGAUCAAUCUCAAUGUGACAUGGAUGUUGGAGCCAGACAAGUUAGUCUGAGUAUUUCGGAAAAUGCGUAUCUACUGGGUUUUUCCACACAAAACCACUUCUGUUUUACAGGUAAAACACCACUCCUAUUUAGAAUUAUAUUGGGGAAAACAAUGAACACAGGGAAAUGAAAGGCUCUUAAUUUUUGUUUAUACGACGCUUGACAAAUAAAUGUGACCACCACCAAAGCCACAGAUGCCCUAAGUAGUCAGUAGUCUGAAAUUAAUCAAGCAUAACAUUCAACCACUAAAACUAUAUAUAUAGAUAUAGAUAUAGAUUAAUUUCGGACAACUCAGAAAAGCCCAGUGAGCCGGUUCAAAUGUUGGUAUAAAAAAACUACUUAAUUUUAAACGUUUUUUUCAACGAUUCCUUCGGCUCACUUGUUAAAAUCUAAGAGAGCAUCUUUGAAGUUCGUCUGCCUGUAGACGAUCUUUGGCUAGGUAAAACCUCGCGCAUGUUUUUUUCGUCACAUCAUUUUCAAAAGUGUCUGGCGGUGUUUUUAUGCUCAUUUGUUGACGUUUCUUCAGUUUCUGGUUUUAUUUUCAGGUUCGUCUGACAAAAAAAAUAAUCAAGUAGCCGUUCGGUUUGAUGUAAAAUUAAAUAAAUUGCCUAGUUUAGCUUAGCUUGGCUAACUUAGCACUAAUUGAUGUAGCGCUUUGCAUGCGCCAACGUUUAGCGUCAUCUGGUGUUCGUGAUUGAGUUUGUAUUAUCUUUAGCAUGCGAAACAAACUCAAACGAAACACAAACCAAGCACAAAUCAUCAAAGCGAGGCCGUUAGCAUUAGCAGUGUCGAGUCACUCUGGUGUAGACUCUCAACCAAAACGCAAAUGUGGCUCCGCUGCUACUGAAAGAAAAGCUCAACCGCUGCAGGACCAGCACACGUCUCGCAGCGUACAGUACGUUAAACUCGCACCCAUUUUCCUCCACGCAUCUCGACAGAGAACGAGUAAAUGCAGCGGCGAUGUUGAGCUUCAUCCACCCGAAGAGAAGCUGCACAAACCAGCGCCUCACCAUUCUCAGGUUGGGGAAUUGCGAAGGGUGAAGAGACUGCAUCAGUUUCCAUUUGACCUGUCGGAUAAAGAGAUCAUUCAGUCUACAGGGACACGACCGUUGUCACCUUCAUCUCUGCAAAGCUGUCUGGAAGAAAUUCAGACAACCAAUCCAACAUUUCCAGUACAAACUGUGUUCAGCACUCUGCGGAAGAAAACUAGGGAAAGACUGCAACAUGCUGGAUCCACAGAAAACUCCCUGUAUCCAAGCUCCUCACGGAACAACUUGAAAGAGAAGAGGAAACGAGGAGAUGAAAUCCCUGAGAGCGAGUCAAAGCGUCUGAGAUGUAGACUCGGGGCAGAAGGUGGCACUGGUAUGGAGCAAUGUCACCUGCUAUCACAUGGCAUCCAGGAAUGUGAUGCCCUCCCUGUGAAGAAGCCACACUGGAGCAGUAAGCUGAGUCAUACUCACAGACUAAAACAGAAGACAGGGAGUCUGGCAGGCCCGGUGAACAACUAUGAUUGCACAAAUGACACAGAAUGUGAAUUACAGUCAUCUAUGAUCCAGGACAGUUUCCACAGAGAAGCUAGUUUUGAAGAUGUUCUCUGGACAGACAAGUACAGUCCUCAGUGUUCGAAUGAAGUCAUUGGCAAUCAUGCCUCUGUUAAUAAAUUGCACAGUUGGUUGAAGAAAUGGAAAUGGAGAGCUGACUGUGAGGAGAGGACUAAAAUGGAAGAAAGGAAAGAUGAAGAAAGCAGCAUGGACUCAUGGGACUGUGGAGAUUUUCGAGGUGAGACUGGGACAGAGGACGACAGAGACGAACCACUCUGUAACACCAUGCUAAUAACAGGACCUCCAGGUGUGGGGAAGACUGCGUCUGUGUACGCCUGUGCUCAGGAGCUCCGCUUCAAGGUGUUUGAGGUGAACUGCUCCUCACAACGAAAUGGUCGCCAUAUUCUGGCUCAGCUGAAAGAGGCCACGCAGUCCCACUUAGUGGAGACAUCAGGCAAGGACCUACUGAAACCAACUUACCUCAACAACUACAGCACCAGCAGCUGCACAACUAAAUCUGAGACGUUACCUGGAAAACCAGUGGCUCCUAAAUACAUCAGCUCAAAAAAGAGGGCAGCACAGAGUUUUGGCCGCUCCAGUCGUAAAGGAAAAGCUAAACGAGCCACAGUCACUUUGGCCAACUACUUUAAGAUGAAGGCCAAAGCAGAUCAGUUACAUUCUGGUGGCCUGUUGCCAUUUAAGAAACCAGAUGGAAAGGAUUUGGGCAGCUCAUCAGCAGACCGUGAUCAACCAAUGUCAUCAAGCAAGAAGACAGCCACAUCACUCAUUCUGUUUGAAGAGGUUGAUGUCAUAUUUGACGACGAUGUCGGUUUCCUCACAGCCAUCAAGACCUUCAUGGCAACGACAAAAAGACCCGUCAUUCUCACCACCAACGAUCCCUUGUUCAGAGAGAGAUUUAGCUGCAGCGUGGAGGAAAUCAUUUUCACAACACCCCCAGCAGUGAACAUCUGUACAUACCUGCAACUGCUGUGUCUGGCUGAAAAUGUGCAGCUGGAGUUGGAUGAUAUAAGAAGCCUCCUCAGACAAACCUGUGGAGACGUCAGGCGCUGCCUGCUGCAGCUGCAGCUCUGGGUGCACAGUGGAGGAGGACGAGCAUCUCAGAGCGGACGCUUGUCUCAAGAGCACAUUCAGCUACAGUAUUCAGAUCUUCCUCAGAGUGACACGAGCUGCACUGCCAGCAUGCUAGGUCUCCAAACUGUGACUCAAAAGCAACUGCUCAGCCUUCUAAAGUGUCAGCACUGGUCUGAAACAAACAUGAAGAAGCUGCUAGGACUGUUGGCUAAGAGCUGGAGAGGAGGUGAACCUCUUCUCUAUAACAACAUGGAACUCCUCAUACCCAAGGCUACCUCAGUCCAGGACCUGGACACUGUGACUUGUCGUGGCCCACAAAAUGGGGUGACACCUUCAGACACUGAUCGUUGCUUCCUGCAGCGUCAUGACGGUGUCAGUCUAAAGGCACCAGCAACAUCUGUGAAGAAUAUCAACAGACUCAGUAGAAGGAAACGUAUCACAAAAGUGUGUGACUCCUCAUCAUUUUCUACUUUGACACACAGCUGCCAAAGAACCUCAUUAUUACUUAACUGGACUCAUUCAGGAAUCCACAGAUUAAGAGAUAAGACCGAACAAAUAUCAGUUAGAGUGGAAACUGACUGCUUAGUAGCCGCGACCGACUUCUUUGACCUCAUGUCGUACCUGGAUGUAGCACUGACUGCUGCGGCACCACUUGCUUCAGGCUCACCUGAGGCAUUUGUCUGGACAGGAGCCAAGAUGAGGGACGGAUUGUUAGAUGAGAUGAAUGAGGAGGAGGAGGAGGAGAAGGACAGCACCUGGAGCCAGGAAAGACUGUUGGAUAUGAAGACUGCCGCUGAGGGCUUGGGGUUUCACAGAUGCUGGUGGCAAAUGUCACAGGCGUGGAGCGAAGCCCAGAAACACAGACAAGACAUAGAGGACGAAAAAUGGGAGAAGCUGGUGGAGAGACUGGCGUUCCCUCCCUCUUCUGAAAGACAGAGCCUCAGAUUUAUGUUUCAACCUCCAUGUGAACCAAGCGCGUCCCAGAGGAGAUACGAGCUGAGUCGGAAGGUGCUCGGCAGUAGAUCAUUCAGCCUGCUGGGGAACAGACGAGCCGUCUGUGUCGACUACAUGCCUGUCCUCCGCUCCAUCUGUCGCUUUCAUAGAGCUCAGCAACAGAAAGAGGAGCCAGUCAGGUGUCUGAACUACCUGAAGAGCUUAAAUGUUGGCCUGUCAAAGUCAACUAUUCAUUUCCUGGCAGAGGAGUUCUCUCAGAGAUGAAAAUAGAAAGACCACCUCACCCUAUUUUUGUUAGGAUUUUUACUGUGCAUUUGUUUGACUGAAUAAUGUCAAAUUAGAUAAUACGAUAUGAAAUCCUGUUUUAUUUAUAUUCAUCCGUGACCA